AUGGCCAACCACUCAGAUCGCACCGGCCAUCGAUUAUCUAUCAACACAAGCUCUUCAUCAAGCCGCUACAGACAAAGAUAUGAUCAAAGCCCUGAGCCAACUUUCAGCCCCACCGGUCUUCUCGGAAACAGAUAUGAUGAAAGAAGAAAAGAAAUGGAGGCCAGAUCACAGGAAGCGAAACAAGCUCAUGAGAGCCCCUUCACUGGUGGCCUUCUUCAGUCCCUCACAGAGUUUGAGGAACAACGUUUGAUUCGGACGAGACAUGUUCCUUCAUAUGAGAGUUUUGGAAGGACACCGACAAGAGCGGCAUCCACAUCUGCUACUUCGUAUCGUCAGCCCCCCUCACGGGACUUCACAAGACCAAGGACACUGAGUGUAGCGUCUGUGAGGACUGAUUCGAUCUACUGUGCCCAAACUGGAGUCACGCCACCACCGUUAUUGGAUAUGACAUCAACACCUCAGCAACCUUGGCGAGACAGAAACACCCAAGGUAUCAGGUCCCCAAUUGGAAGGCCUGUUGGUUUUCCGGAGAACUCCAUUCACCAAUGGAAUACUCAGUCACCCUCACUCUCAAGAAGUCAAUCGGUUGCUGUUCGUCCUGUGAAUGGUGUCUCAGCGCUAGAGAGACGGACUUCCUCAGCUACCGCGCCUGUUGGACCGACUUGGAAUGAAGCAGCUCAGAGUGAGCCGAAGCGUCGAGGGACCUUGAGACGAUGUUAG